AGACUUGGUCACUUAGCUGUGUCGGAAAGCAAGCUGUAAAUCGCUCUGCAAAAGAUUUUCUGUGUCCCGUUCGUUCCCCAGAUAGUGAACAGUUUCUCAUUCUAUUUUAAUAUUUUUCUUGAACAAAAAAUAUUUGAGUAACAACAACAAAAAUGUCUGAAGCAAAACCACCAACAACAACAUCAACAGUACCAAGACGAAAAGUUAGGAGGAACAGUAUUCGUGUUCCAUCUGGAGCUUCUAUGGCAGCGUUUAAUCAAAGAGCUCCAUUAGUCUUGGCCGGAGGAGUCGCAGCAUCAAGUUCUCAAAAACAUGUUGCUGAUAUGAAAAACAGCAGAGAAAAAGAGAAGAAGGCAAUGCAAGGUUUGAAUUCAAAGCUUGCCAACCACCUUGAAACAAAACGUAUGUUGGAGGCCGAAAACAAACAUCUUAAGGAACUCUUAAAUAAAUCUAGGGUUGAGUUUAAUAUUGAUAAAGUCAAGACCUCAUACGAAGAUCAGCUGCAUGAAAUGAAAGCACUCCUAGAAGACAAGGAUAAGGAACUGGCAACUGUAAAGUCCCAAAACGAAUCGCUUGAAGAAGAAGUUGAAGAUUUGAGCGAACAAUUGCGCCAAGUGCAGGACGAAAGAGACAGACUGCAAGCGGAAAUCGAUGGAUUACACGAUGAAGUUGCCCACCGCAUUGCAGACAGCGAAACCAGCAGAAGGAGGACAAGCGAAUUGGAGAAGCAACUUGCUGACUGGAAGAAGAGAUAUGGCAUUCUUGAUGGUCAAAUGGCCGAACUUAGAACGAACUUACGAACCGAAACUUCUCAAAGACUGCAAUUAGAACACCGUCUGGCGAUGCUGGAAGAUGAGAUUGCUUUCCUCGAUGAAGUCCAUAAUACCGAGAUCAAAGAAUAUAAGGCUAUUGUAUCAAAAACACAGAAGUUACCUGAUUUCCAAGAUUCAUGGAAGGCUGAAGUUGGAAAUAUAGUUUCUGAUUUAAGCGCCGAAUAUGAGUCUCAGUUGCAGACAAUUACUGCUGCGAUGGAAAGCCGACAUGCGGAUGAGAUACAGAAAUUGAAAGCAGGCGUGAGGACCAUCCCAGGUGGAGCAUCUCCAGCUGGCAGGGUCGGUGUAAGUGGAGGAUUGGAUAUGCGUUCACGUACGGACGUAAGCGCUAUGAGGGAAUAUGAAUCUACGAUAUCAAGUCUGAAAAGUAAAAUAAGGGAUCUAGAAUUUCAAUUGCAAGAGUCCCUAAGCAACAACGCAUCUGAAGAUGCGGCGCACAGAGCCGAAAUUGAUCAGUUACGUGCGGAAAUGGAAUCAAUGUUGAAGGAAUUACACGACCUUAUGGAUGCUAAACUCUCACUGGAAUUGGAAAUUGCCGCCUAUCGCAAACUCCUUGACGGAGAAGAGAACAGAAUUAGUUCAGCUCUUAGCAGCUUUGGUGGAUUUCAAACAGAGGGUGAGUCUGCUCUCGCGAACGCACUAUCUCUACCUGGAAAUAAAAUGACUAUGAGUCGCUCUACAAAUGGAACUGUGGCCAUCGUAGAAUUGGAAUCCGAGGGAAGAUACAUCGAAAUUGAGGACCAUGCUAAGUUUCCAAAGAGCCCAACUAACAUAAAGAACUGGACAUUGACCCAAAGGCUAGAAAAUGGCAAGACCAACGUCCAUACAUUUACCAACGGUGAUGUGUUUUCUGUUGGUAAAAAUAUGGUCAAAGUUUGGGGAUCAAAACACGGUUCUGGUCAAGAUGGCAUUGUAUCAUCAGUCGCUGAAUGGUCUAAAAUGACAAUGCCAUCGGUAAUUACUUUGAAAGACGACAAGGGCAAGGAAAGCGCUGUCCUCACGAUCAAAUCGAACGCAUGAACGAUGUAGUUCUCCUGCUGAACUUGUGUGCAUUUUGUCUCAGCUGAAAAGUCCCCGUUUUUGUUAAAGUUAGCACCAAGUUUCAUAAAGUCCCUUUUUUCAUAUCUUAAUAAUGAUUUCGAUAAAAUAAUCCUUCUAAAGUAAACUUCUAAGCACUUCAAAUUUUCUGUUUUAAAUUGCUCACAUGAUUAUCUAGAAUUUGCGAUGAUUAAAAAAAUACAGUUCUUAAAACAAUAUAUUUUGCAACACGACUGCACAAUUAUCAUAUAUUAACAAACGCUUCAGCUUGAUACUUUUGGUGAUCAUGAUUUCAAUAAAGCCUAUUACCUAGCUACUAUGACAAACAAUAUACUUUCUGUUUUGCUCCCAAAUGCUUCAUACUUAAUGAUACUUCUCACUAUAAAAGCGCAAAUUUAUCAAGAAAAACACGCAGCGACAUCUGACGAAAAUAUGAUAAAAUUUUCUUCCAUUAUAGUGAACAGUAUUUGUUUUUGUAUUUACAAUCUUGUAUUUCGUAAUUUAAUUUCGAGGAUCUUUUUGUUAAAAUGUAUGAAAAAAGGGCAAUAAAAUAUUUUUAAUA